AUGGCUCGAGAAACUACUGGCUUCCGUAAACCAAUCAACAGCCACGACCCUAAGGAGUUGUCAAAAAUGACAGUCACUCUAAAUAGUGGUUUUGAAAUGCCAAUGAUAGGGCUUGGCGUUUUUCGUAUGGAUGGCAAGGUCAUGAAGGAUUUUAUCAUCGAGGCUAUCAAGAAAGGCUACCGUCACUUCGACUGCGCCGCCAAGUAUCAGAAUGAAGCCGAAUUAGGCGAGGCAAUUGCAGAAGCAAUCGAAAGGAAACUUGUCAAGAGAGAAGAACUUUUUAUUACUACCAAGCUGUGGAAUUCGGACCACGAUCAUGUCCUUGAGGCCUGUCAAGACAGUUUGAAGAAGCUACGCUUAGAUUAUCUUGAUCUGUUUCUCAUUCACUUCCCCGUGCCCACAAUACAUACAGGAGUUGGCAAUGCUUCCAGUGUUAAAGAUAAAGAUGGUGUUCUCGACAUUAAAACUAACAUAUCGUUGGAAACAACUUGGCGUGGUAUGGAAGAUCUUGUUUCCAGGGGUCUGGUUCGCAGCAUAGGAAUUAGCAAUUACAGUUUGCUGCUAACCCGAGACUGCUUGGCUUAUUCAAAAAUAAAGCCUGCCGUGAAUCAGAUCGAGACACAUCCUUAUUUCCAAAGAGAAUCUCUCGUCAAAUUCUGUCAAAAACACGGUGUCUGUGUAACAGCACACACCCCUCUUGGCGGUUCUGUAGCCAACGUCGAAAUGUUUGGUUCUGUGUCAUGUUUGGAUGAUCCAAUUCUCAAAGUUUUGGCUGAAAAAUAUAAAAGGAGUGCGGCACAGAUUGUUCUCCGCUGGAACAUUCAGCGAAAUGUUGUCAUCAUCCCCAAGACAUCAAAAAAGGAGAGAUUGGCGGAGAAUUUACAGGUUUUCGACUUUGAGCUCGCUAAAGAGGACAUGGAGCUGAUUAAAACCAUGGACCGAAACCACAGGACCAACAUACCCGGAAAGUUUUGGGGCGUAGAUAUAUAUCAGUAA